CCGUUGGUGGAAAGGAAACGUGCGAAGUGGAUGCCGUCUCUGUUCAUAAACAGGUGGUAUAAAAACACGGUCGCAGUGAAAGUGCUUCGUCAGUCACUCGGAAAUUACCAGCCCGAACGCAUUUCAAGGAAAAUUUUUGGUACAAGUUACACAGAACAGAAAAUGUUCACCAGCCGCAAAAUCGUCGCUUUGUGUCUUGUGGCUCUGAUAUCUUCCUUCGGAAUUGUGCAAUGUGGUCAUCAUCACGGUAACCAAGGAGGCGGAUUGGGUCAAAUUUUAGUGGCUGGACUUAUUGCAAAGAUGUUAUCGGAACAUCACCAUAAGGGACAUCACCAUCAAUCGCAUCCUAUUUUCAUUCCUAUUCCUGUGCAUCACGGUCAUCAUUAGCAGCAAUGAUGUGUUCUAAACGAUUUUUGUACAAUUUGUACAUAAUUUAUGUAUAGCUUCAUUUGUACCUAAAAACAGUCAUUAUUUUUUCAAUAAAUUAAUUUUUCAAUAA